CGCAGGCGCGAGUCCGAGGAGCGUGGCGGAAGUAGGCACCAGGGAAAGAAAGGAGAGGUCACGGGAUACCAUUGGACUUCGCCCCGCCCCCCUCCGGCGCUAUGGAGACGUCAUCGCCGUCGCCGCAGCCGGAGAUGGAGCUGAACCAGGCAGAAGACCAUCUCAGACAUGUAGAAAAAGAUGUUUUGAUUCCUAAGAUUAUGAGAGAGAAGGCCAGAGAGAGGUGUUCUGAUCAAGUGCAAGACUUCACCAAAUGCUGCAAAGACUCUGGCUUUCUUAUGGUGGUAAAAUGUAGGAAAGAAAAUUCAGCAUUAAAAGAAUGCCUAAUUGGGCACUAUAAAAACCCAGACUUUUAUGAAGAAUGCAAAAUGGAAUAUUUGAAGGAAAGAGAAGAAUUCAGAAAAACUGGAGUUCGUUCUAAGAACAGGUUGCAGAAGCUUCCUACCAGCAUUUAGCAAAAUAAUUAUGAAUAAUGUUCACCCUAAUUCUAAUGGCAAGAAUGUGAGGCAAUAAGUCACUAUCUUUGGUUUGCCCCUAAAUAUCAUGGAAAUGUUUUUGUUAGUUGAAAUAAAUAUCUUUUAUUAAAUUUCUA